AUGUCCUACCCACGCGUCACCCUCACCGCUACCCCCUCCCGCGCCCGCGGCGAGCUCGUCGCAAAACUCAACUACUUUUUCCGGAUGGCCCAGAACGACUCCACAUUCUCCUCUCACGAAUUUGACGCCUGGUUCCUCACUCUCACUGUCGAAGACCGCGCAACUGUCCACGAAAUCGUCCAACCGCUGCACCAAAACUGGCCUAGUCAAGUCGAAUACCCCAAUGUCAUUGCACUGGUGCACUGGUUGCGUGAGCACCGUGCUGAGUACCAUGCAGAGCGAGCUGCUGCCGUUGCGGAUGGUGUCGCACAAGCUGACAAUGGUGUUACGGCGCCAGGAGGAGAUGGAUGUGAGAACUUGCAAGACAUGGAAGAGAAGGUUAGAAAAAUUGAUGGGGAUUUGAAGAAGGUGAUUGAUCGGCUUUCUGGAGCUCCUCAGGAACAAGUGGAAGCUGGACCUACGGUACCUGAGCCUGAGCAACCCGUUCCUGAACCGACUUGCCCCGGCCCUAUCGACGAGGAGCCGCAGCCGCAGCCCAUUCCUCCUCACCCAUAUCCUGUUGAUGGAAGGGAUGUUCUGGCCGUUCUCGUCAUGGUCUUGGCUCCGGCUUGCUUGGUACGUCUCUUGGUAAUCCUGUGUAUGCUCCUGCUUCUGCGACAGGCUUCUAAUGGUACGCGACGUCUCUAG